AUGACGUCGCUUUCAAGUCAACUUCAGUCACUCCGCACAGCUACAGCCCAGCAUCAAACGGUAGAAAGGCGACAUGUUUCCCUGCUGUUCGCAAAAAAGGAGGCUGAGGCACUCGACAGAGAAACUGUUUACAACAUAGGCUGCGUGGGCUUGCGAAAACUGAAGGAAUUGGAUGGAGAAUUCGCUGCCAAAAACGAUCUGUUCGACGAGUCUCGCCUGCAUUUUCAACGUUCCAUGAUAACUAAUGAGGAAAAUCUUGCUCUAAAUGAAAAGAUCGAGAAACUGCUGUUUCUACUUUCUCCAUACUUGCAGCAUUUUGCAUGUCAGCAAAUUUACGCCUACAACGCGGAGAGUAUGAUCUUGACAUUCCUUCCCUUUCACGAAACUAAUGUUUUUGGUCGUAUUUUAUCCAUACUUGAAUAUAAUUUUGCGACGUCGAAAGAUUGGGCGUUUUUGGAGGGUUUUGGCAAAAAGGAAUAUCCUGUUCCAUUCAGCUCAAGUGCUCUCCCAUCUUUCCGUCAGGCAUCGUUGAUGGUAAUCUGUCAACUGGCCGUAACCGUGAAGUUAACGCCAGAUGUAGUGGCAUCACUCACGAAGGUUGUAUUGAUGAAGGCUUCGGAGCAAUUCACUGGAAAGCUCGCUGUCAACUCUAAUUGUUUUAUGCCAACAACAAUCAGUGGAGUCCCUGUCAAUCAAAGCAGUUCUAAAAACGUUGCGCAAUGA